GAUGUCAAGCCCACUCCUAGAUUGGGUCUUGAAAGGAAGUCUCAAAAUAGAGGCUUUCUAGUGCAAUGUUGUUUCUCUCGUGAAUCCCAAGUCCCAUCCAUGGUUAACAAAUUCUGCUUAAUUGAGCUAAUCUACUUAAUAGCGAGAUCAGUUUCGAGUUCCUUUGGAUGAAAGAGAUAUCAUUGUUUGUUUGUGUUUACGACUAGCUUUGUAAACUUCGAUGAGUUUGACAUUUGUGAAUUAUUUUACUUGACUUUGAAACCAAGGAUACUCGAUAGACAUCUGAAUUCGGUCACCAGGUGAGAGCAAUUAUGGACGAGACAUACAGAAGUACGACGGAGACGAUAAAAACGAAAAAAUCACGUCGAGAGAUAUUUCUGGGAAUCAAAUGGCAGCUUUACUACACUCACGCAUUGCAAGCAUGGGGUGACAGGUGGUGGGGUUUCUCUCUCGGUCUGUUCUUGGUGAUCCUCUCGCCGGACGAGGGAUCCCUCCGGGUCACUGCUCUCAACUCCAUCUCCAUAUCCAUCUCUCUUAUCCUUCUGCUACAUGUCAUCGGCUACUGGAUAGACCUCUCCAGGAGAUUACACGUGAUCCGAGUGACAGUUCUGGUGCAGAAUUUGUGCGCAGUAGUGAGCAACAUCCUCAUCUACAUCCUACUGGAUAGCUACUUGGACACUGGACACAUAGGAGACUGGUCAGUCACUCUCUACUUGGCUGGAAUCAUAUUCAUGUCUGUGGUUGGUAGAUUGUCUAGUGCUGCCAACUCCAUUGCAAUUGAGAAGGACUGGGUGGUGGUCAUUGCAAAUGCAGGACACUUCGCCCUCACAGACGUGAAUGCAACGAUGAGGCGUAUAGACAUGGUGACGAACAUAGUGGCGCCCAUAUUUGUGGGUUUUCUGAUGGAGGGAGCGGGCAGGAAGUUCACCGCCCUCUUCAUCGCAGUCUGGAAUGUGGUCUCCGCCCUGUUGGAGUACAGCAUACUUGUACAUGUCUACACUCUCGAACCAGCUCUCAGUGUUAAAGCCAAUUCUGCUGGCUCAAAUGAGAACGUGCAGAAGCUGCAGCAGGAGCCAGAGAAUGCCGAGAUGACGUCAUUGACUAACAACCAGGCUGCAAUAGCAGGUGCAGUGGGCGGUCACUCGAACCCGUUCGCCCAAAAUACGACUACUUCUUUUGUCAUUGAUACUAACCCUAACAGGCCCCAACAAAGCAGAGUAGGCGCCCAAAUCAGGGCUCUCCCUCUCAGCUCAGAGGGCGAUCAGUUUCAUGAUGAGCUCUAUGAGAACUCGGUUGCUCUGGGGGAGAGUCUUCUCCUUGAGAGAACGACCAGGCACGAUGUGUCUAACGUCGCUAUUAGAGAACGGGAGAACAUCGACAAUGGACCGUCCCAUCCUUUGAACAAGGGAUCUUCAUUUGGAAAAACCACAUGCAGCAAAUUCCUCUUCUUUUUUCUGACCUUUAGAGACGGAUUCAAAAUAUACAACUCAUACACAGUCAAAUAUGCGGGAUUCGCUCUGGCGCUUCUGUUUCUCACUGUCCUCAACUUCAACGCGGUCACAAAUGGCUACAUGCUUCUGCAGGGACUCUCAGAGGGAUAUCUCUCACUCACCAUGGCUGCAAGCUCAUGUAUGGGAGUGGUGGGCACAAUCAUCUUCCCCUUCCUCAAAAACAGACUGGGACUCAUCAGGACCACCAUGGUCGGCAGCAUCAUCCAGAUCACAUGUGUGUCCAUCUCAGUCGCCUCCUUCUUCCUCCCCGGAUCCACCUGGCACGUACUAUCCAGUGGCAAUAGUGGCACAGCUGCCGAACCACCAACUGAGACAGGGACCGGAAUCUUUAAUGGAAGUAAGAAUGCUACUACUGAGGGGAUUGAGGCUGGCAGUGAUGAUGACCACAACUACAUGUCUGUGAUUGUGUUUGCAAUCGGAAUCAUAUUCUCAAGGGCAGGACUGUGGACGUUUGACCUUGGCGUGACACAGAUGAUCCAGGAGUCGGUGGACACCUCGGAGUGUGGGCGCUUCAAUUCCUUCCAGAAGGCACUGCAGUCCUCCUUUGACCUAAUCUAUCUCACUCUAGUCAUUGCACUGCCCAGAAGCGACACUUAUGCAUGGCUCGGAUUCGUGUCCUACUCCGCCGUCAUUGCAGCUUUCUUCGUGCUGGUCUACUACCUCCGAUUCCACUCGCAUGCACACGACCGCAUUCCUCAAUCAUCAUCCAAUCAGAAUCAUCCCAGUAAAAAUAACCCGCGACCGCAUCCGCCUACUGUGUCCAGUGUGUCGAUGAUGGUCAACGAGAACUACUCGCCAAUCACCAAAAAAGAGGAGGACGCAUGAAGUUAAUGUUCUGCGGCCGAAAUCAUUUAAAAUUCAUUUAAAACAAGUUUAUUAUCCGGGUCUCAAACUUGCGCAUAUAAAUGAAAUCAAAUGAUACCAAAGCUGAAAGAGAUUUUCUUUCUCUAGGAUUUGGUGAAAGGUUUUCAACCCAAUAGGCAAUUCCGAUAAAAUACGAUAACGGUCAGUUAUAUCGUAAACUUGAGUCCUGGUUAUUGAUUUUAUCUAUAAAUUGUUUUAUAAGUAUCUAAGAAUGCGUCAGUUAGUUCGUUCAUACUUAUUAAUUGAGUUUUGAACUCCAUGAAAAGUCUGCCAUCAUAGUUUAGAGUUGCGAUUUAAAUCUUCUGAUAA